CCAAGGACAAAAUUAGUUUAAAAUUAAUUCAUGACUUUAAAUGUGUUUUCACAGAAUUAAAAGUAGGGUUAUGCACCGACUUUUACAUAAAAACAAUGACUGAAAAUCUGAAAAUAUUGAAGCAAGGGGCUGAGGCAAAGCUCUACAUCUGCAAAUACCUCGGACAACCUACUCUCAUCAAGGAAAGAUUCCAAAAAAACUAUAGACACCCAGAUUUAGAUGUCUCUAUAACAAAAGAAAGGAUUAAAAACGAAGCUAGAUCCAUAGUAAGGUGUAAAACUGCCGAUAUUAAAACACCCACUCUUUAUUUAGUAGAUUUUGAACGUCGAAGAUUAUACAUGCAGCAUUUUGAAGAAAGCGUCACUGUUAAAGACUUUAUAAUCAACUUUUUAAAAGAAGAACAAAAUGGCAGUGGUGAUCAAAUAAAUAGCUUAGAUACUUUAGCUAAAAUGAUUGGUCAAACAGUACGAAAAAUGCACGAAAAUAAUAUCAUACAUGGAGAUUUGACUACGUCUAAUAUGCUUCUUGUACCAAAAACACCAAGUAAUGAAUCAGUAUGGUCACAGAUAAACAAUUUGGAAUUGGUUAUGAUAGAUUUUGGUCUGUCAUUCAUAGAUACGAGUACUGAAGAUAAGGGAGUUGACUUGUAUGUUCUUGAAAGAGCUUUAAUAAGCACUCACAAUGAUUACCCGGAGUUAUUUGAGAAAAUUCUUGAAGCAUACAAGGGUUAUAGCAAAAAGAAUGUCAAGGAAAUCAUUAGUAAAUUUGAAGAGGUUCGUGCGAGAGGACGUAAAAGAACUAUGGUUGGAUAGCCAUGAAGUAUAAUAAUAAAGCAGUAAUGUUGUUACAACUUGGAUGUUUAAUUUCACUGUAGCUACUAUUGAUCUACAAAUAAAUGGACGUCAGGUUCGUGCCAAAGUGUUCGCAGCUGUAGGGCGUUAAAAUCGCAUAUAGAGCGUCAAUCGCGCAACAGUCUUGAUUUGUUCGACUGACAGAGCGGUUGUCUAUCAUACAGUACCAUACUUGGUACUUGGUGUAAUGGGCUGGUGUCCGCAACUCGACAUCAAGACGCUUAUUUUGCGCGUGGCGAGUGCAGGGUCCUACUCGUGCUACCCAAGCUCCUCCAGGAAUCUCAGCAGUCUCGUCGGUUUGCUGAAGACUUCGGGGAGUGACCUUGGCACUCCAAGGUACUUCACCAUGUAGUUGGCCACUUCGGAGCACUGUAGUAGGAUGUGCACAGCCGUAUCCUCCCACUCCAUGCACACUCUGCAUAGAGGGCUGUCUGUGAUACCUAAAUUGAAAAGGUGUUUAUUGUAUUGACCAUGAACCGUUUAGGGCGGCAGUUAGAGUGCGAAGCUCUUGCCUUUUGAGUUUAAUUAAUAUUUGUGAUA